CCUUACUGAUCUCACUCUCUUCUGCUACUCUGCAAAAUCAGAAUUCCGCCAUUCUCAUUUCCUCAUCGAAUUGCAGACAAGCUCAGAAAAUUUCUCUCUCGUCUAUACCUGACCCUUUAAUGGCUCUUCAAAUUUCUCUGUCGUCUCCUUUGCGUUCUACGACCUCAUCGUCUUCAUGGUCACUGACCCAGCCUGCUGUACCGAACGAUCAAGUUCGUUGUGCUGGGGAUCGAUCUUCUAGGUUUUCGGGGAGCGUUUUGAAGAAUUUUGAAAGGAGGAGAGAGAUUGGAGGAUCUGUGAGGUCGAGCUUGGAUAUGGCGGGACCGGUUGUCGGGCAGGUUACUGCGGUCAACAAGGAUACGUUCUGGCCUCUGGUCGAAGCCGCAUGUGCCAGUGACAAGAUUGUCGUCCUAGACAUGUAUACGCAAUGGUGUGGUCCUUGUAAGGUGAUUGCCCCAAAAUUCCAAGAACUGUCUGAGAAGCACCUUGAUGUUGUUUUUAUGAAGCUUGACUGCAACCAAGAAAACAAGCCAUUAGCAAAGGAAUUGGGGAUAAAGGUCGUCCCUACUUUCAAGAUCCUCAAGGGAAGCAAGGUUGUAAAAGAAGUUACUGGGGCCAAAUUUGAUGAUUUAGUUGCUGCUAUUGAAUCUGUUAAAUCCAGUUGAUGAUUCUCAUCUUCUGCUUACUAUUGUUUCCAUUGUAUCAAAUAUCAAUUGUCCAUGAGGUAUGAAUUGCAUCCAUAUAUAUAAAUGUCAUCUGUACGUAUUUGGUUGA